AUGUCAUUCACAUUCGAAAAGCCGUUAAUCCCCAGUGAUGAGGAUCAAUUAAACCGAAGUGACGGGAGAUCACGUCCACAUAAUCACUUGGUGCAAGAAUCGUCCGUUGCUUCGGUUCCAGCGCUACUGCGAGGGCAGGAAAACUUGAAAUGGGACAGACACGUUUACGGAUAUAACUUGCGUAGACCGUCAUUGGGAGAAAAAGCAUUGACAGACACGAGCAACUUCAUUGCCAUCAACGGUGAUUUGGUUGAUUCUCCUGGGAGAAAGAAAUCUGCAGAUACUUCGGGUUCUGGAUUGAAUAGCAUUACCAGCUCGGAAAGCGAGAACAUCCUAGAGAGUCCUUCUGUGGGAGCAAAUAUGAAAGGUAUACCCGUUUCCGAUACCUUGAAGGCUAGAGAAGAAGAAUGGGCUGACAGGGGAGCAGCCAAAAUCGUUCAAGAGGUGGUGAAUCCUCAGACCGGUGUGGCUACAAAACAAGUCAUCAAAAAGGGCAUAAAAGACUUCAAGUUUGGAGACGUACUGGGAGACGGGUCGUACUCAACGGUAAUUUUGGCCAAGUCUAAUGAUAGUGGCAAGAAAUACGCGGUCAAAGUAUUGAACAAGGAAUAUCUAAUACGUCAAAAAAAGGUCAAAUACGUCAACAUCGAAAAAAACACGCUUCAAAGACUUAAUAAUAGUAGAGGGGUCAUCAAACUUUAUUUCACUUUUCAAGACGAAGCAAGCCUUUAUUUCUUGCUCGAAUAUGCACCCAACGGAGACUUUCUGUCUGUAAUGAAAAAGUUCGGCAGUCUCAGCGAAGAGUGUGUUUCAUAUUACGGAGCCCAGAUCAUCGAUGCUAUAGAUUUCAUCCAUCAAAAGGGCGUUGUUCACAGAGAUAUCAAACCUGAAAACAUACUCCUAGACAAAGAAAUGAAAGUCAAGCUGACUGAUUUUGGAACGGCCAAACUUCUGGAAGAAAAUAGUGAUACUAAGACUUAUGACUUGCUAGAGAGAUCCAAGUCAUUCGUUGGAACUGCCGAAUACGUAUCACCAGAGCUUCUGAAUGAGAACUACGUUGAUUACAAGUGUGACAUAUGGGCCUUUGGAUGUAUAAUAUUUCAAAUGAUUGCGGGGAAGCCUCCCUUUAAAGCUGCGAAUGAGUAUCUGACAUUUCAAAAAGUAAUGAAAGUGCAGUUUGCCUUCACGGCGGGCUUCCCGCUAGUCAUAAGAGAUCUUGUUCGGCAAAUUUUGGUCAAGAACCCGGACUCAAGACCCAGUUGUCGUGAGAUCAAACGGCAUCCUCUUUUCAAAGGCCUCAAUUUCAGAGAUGGAACCUUAUGGGAGGCGCCAGCUCCAGAGAUUGCGCCUUAUAAGGUCACUGCAACAGCAAUGCAACCUGUUCCAGGUCUGGGAGAUUCGAAGAGUCGCUCCGCAGUGAGCCUCGCUAAACAGACCAAGAGCUCCAGCCCAGGAUCUCCGAUUGUAUCUUCCACACCUCCAAAUGAAACUAGAAGUCACGAACAAAAACGUCCACCUUUGGAUCCAAGAACUUCUCAGAUACUCGAGAAUGCGAAAAGGGAGAUUCAAAAUAGACGCCAAAAUACGAGGAGAGUCGCUUCGGCGGCCUCUGCCGCUGCUGCUGCUCUCACGAAGAAAUCGCCAGCAUCGUCGCCUGCGUUAACUUCCACAGGAGGAAGCUCAAAUGAAAAUACCCCAAGGAAAAGUACAUUACCCAAAGCUCCUGCCACUGCGCCCAGUCCUAAAACCUCUAGUCCUUCGCAAUUCACCACUAAAAAACCGAUUUCGUCCAAGGCUGUCGAAGAGCUUCCGCCAAUGUCCAAAGUGGAUAUUUUGUGGUCCUUUUACCUCAAGAAUAUAAACGAGAGAACCAUAAAGAUGGGGGAAGUUGAAUUCGGCACGUUGAAAACACCUCUUUUCGAAAAAAGAUUGAGCAAGAUGAACUGUACGCUCGUAGAUCCCUACAAGGUUGCUCAUCGAAGCACGCUGUUAUCACAGGUCGCAAGGUCAGGUGGGGCCGUAACGGGCUUUCGAAAUGACAACUCUAGUACUAAUUUGACGGAGAAUGACUACUACACGGAAUUUGGGAUAAGCGAAGACACGAUCUCUGAGUCUUUCAAAAAAACCAGCAACGAUGAUACCGACGGAAAUGGAAAGUCCAUGUUCAAGAAACUUUUUCAUGCUAAGGCAGAGGAAGCGGAAAAGGCACCCGAACUUUUGCCACAUGGGAACCUUUUGAGGAGGGUCUUGGUUUUGACAACUUUUGGGAGGCUACUUGUAUUCGUUAGAAGAUCCAAAGUUCAGCCGGAGACAAAUCUAUUCUUCGACCUUGAAUAUGAUAUUCAGCUGUCUCAAACUGGCACUAAAAUCAAAAGUGUUGUUUUCGACGACCAGGCGAGCUCUGCUCCAACACAGGACUAUUUCGUAAUAGAAACUCCGUUCAAGACAUUCAUAGUGAGCUGCAAACCUGACGACGCUCUGAGCUGGUUAACAGCGGUAAACGCCGGUCUGAAAUCCAACCAGGAACGGCUAUUACAGCGUGCCAAAGAAGAAGAGCCCAGCCCGUUGGCUAACAAAGCCGCCAAAUUGGCUAGCCCAAAGCAGGAGGCCGAAAAAGACUUUGGACAUAGUAGCGAGCUUCAUGUCAAGCCUUCAAGGCCGGUUCCUACAUCAGGACCCACCCACGCCAGUCGUCCCGCCAGUAAAGGAUCUGUAACAACGCAGAACUUUCCCUCGGCAGCUGGGAACAAACCUGAACGGUUAUUUGAUGCAUUCGUGAGUUCAAAAGGGAAACAUGGAAAAAAGACCGCUAGACCCGUUCCUGCAUCCAGCAAGCUCGUGAAUGGGCUACCAUCGAUGCCGGGGUUCCUUGGCCCUUCUUCCGAUUACAGGGAAAUAGACGAAACUGGCAGCGCGCAAAAUUCGGCCAGAAGAUCUCCACCAAGCAGAAUUCUACGGAUGACAUCUCGCAACGAGCACACGCUUCGUAAAUGA